AAUAAUAUGUUUUUAUUUAAUAUGAAAAUUGAAUUACAAGUAAUUGUACUUUAAAUUUGUUAAACAUUUUGAAAUAAUUAUAAAAAAAAAAUGAAGCUACAUAAAGCUAAAAAAUAUCCUCCUAUUGUCUUAGAUGGUCCGGCAUCAACGGCAUCAUCAAAUUUAUCAAAAAACAAUGAUUUAUACUCAGCUUAUAAAGAAUCUGUUAUGGAUAUCACACUGGGAACGGGAAGGGAUAAAAACAUAGUCAACGAAUCCCCUUACUCGUUUUGCAACAAUACAUCGGAAUACUUUGAAAAUGAGGAUCUCAUAACAAAAGAUGACGACGAUAUGACAUUUUGUAUGUCCAAUUAUGCAAAAGAAGCUCUCAAAAUGAUGUUUAUGAUGCGCUCCCAUCAAAUGCUUACCGAUGUGAUAUUAGAAGUCAAACAAGAGCUCUUCCCAGCCCACAAAGUUGUAUUAUGUGCAGCUAGUCCUUACUUCAAAGCCAUGUUUACAGGCGGUUUGAAGGAAUCAGAAAUGAAGAGAGUUCAAUUGCAAGGGGUGUGUCCAACAUCAAUGUCACGUAUUAUACAUUUCAUGUACACAGGCCAAAUCCGAGUGACGGAGGUGACGGUAUGUCAGCUAUUACCAGCUGCUACAAUGUUCCAAGUGCCAAACGUGAUAAAUGCCUGCUGUGUAUUCCUCGAACGACAGUUGGACCCCUCGAAUGCAAUUGGAAUUGCAAAUUUUGCGGAGCAACAUGGAUGCACAGAUUUGCAGCGUAAAGCAAAUAUGUUCAUUGAACGUCACUUUACACAAGUCUGCCAUGAAGAAGAAUUCCUGCAGUUGUCUGCCAUACAACUUAUAGCACUGAUCCGUCGUGAUGAGUUGAAUGUUCAAGAGGAACGUGAAGUCUACAAUGCCGUCCUUAAGUGGGUCAAAUAUGAUGAAGCCAAACGAUUUCCCAAAAUGCCAAGCAUUCUGCGUGCCGUUCGGUGUCAAUUGUUGACUCCGACAUUUUUAGAGGACCAAGUGAAAAACUGUGAUAUUUUGCGCAAAGCACCCGCAUGCAAGGAGUAUUUGGCUAAAAUCAUAAAAGAUUUAACGCUACACAAGAGGCCAGCGGAACGAGAACGUAAUCCCAAUACGACACGAAUGAUUUUUGUUGCGGGGGGAUUUUUUCGACAAUCUCUGGAUAUUUUAGAGGGCUAUAAUGUGGAUGAUAAGACGUGGACAACACUGCCAAAUUUGCGAAUACCACGUUCUGGAUUGGGUGCUGCAUUUUUGAAGGGAACGUUUUAUGCCGUUGGUGGGCGGAAUAAUUCAAUUGGAUCUUCAUAUGAUUCAGAUUGGGUGGAUAAAUACAAUGCUGUGACGGAGCAAUGGCGACCUUGUGCUCCUAUGUCGGUACCCAGACAUAGAGUUGGGGUAGCUGUGAUGGAUGAGAAGAUGUAUGCGGUGGGAGGCUCUGCGGGAUCGGAAUAUCACAAUUCUGUUGAAUGCUAUGAUCCAGAAAAAGAUCGUUGGACGUUAGUUCAAUCAAUGCAUUCGAAGCGACUUGGUGUUGGUGUCGCUGUAGUAAAUCGAUUGCUCUAUGCAAUUGGUGGUUUUGAUGGAAAUGAUCGUCUUGCAACAGUGGAAUGUUAUCAUCCUGAGAAUAAUGAAUGGAAUUUCAUACCACCAAUGCAAGUUGGACGCAGUGGAGCAGGUGUUGCUGCUAUUAAUCAGUAUAUUUACGUUGUUGGUGGAUUCGAUGGUACACGCCAACUGGCUUCGGUAGAACGUUACGAUACCGAAAAUCAAGUCUGGCAAACUAUGGCCCCAGUUAAAAUAGCCCGAAGUGCUCUAUCUUUGACUCCCUUCGAAGGCAAACUCUAUGCCAUGGGUGGUUUUGAUGGUUCGAAUUUCUUGUGCAUUGUUGAAGUCUACGAUCCCGAUGAGAAUGUUUGGAAAGAAGGAACUCCUCUUAGUUCUGGUCGUUCGGGACAUGCUUCAACUAUAGUCUUCCAGCCAUCUUGUGUGACAUCACACAUGGAUUGCCUAGAAAAUGAAGCCCUCUUCAAAGACGAACCUCCUUCGGGCAGUGGAGGCAAUGAUCGUGGUGGUGGCCCUCCUUUUGGAUACAAUUUAUUUUCAAGUGCCUGCACUAGUAGACAAGUGGCAAUGCCUUCAUUUUCUGGCAGUGGAAGCGGUGGGGCUUGUAGUAAUAACAGCGAGAUGAUGAAUGAAGAACCUACCAACCCCUACCCGACUCCGUCGCCCUCCCCAGAAGCUCCAAACUUAGAAUCAGUUAGCAAUUCAACAGCAUCAUCUGUAUUAAGUAGCGGACUUCAAAACAUUAGCCUGUCUAACGGGCACGACUCAAGACUUGAUAAUGGUGGACCAUCGAGCAUGUUUAUCGUUCCAUCAGCACUUCCAAGGUUCAAUUAUAUAUACAGUAUAAAUCCGCAUAGUUUAGAUCAAUUGAGAAUCAAUGAGAAACUCUGCGCUUUAGUCUUUAAGAAAUGGUGCAAUCGGCAAAGGCAUCGUCCGUGCAUAUUCAAACGGAUACGUCAGCGUAUCUUUGAAUCAUUGUGCAACAAUAGUAGCCCAUGCAAUAAGCAGCCACCAGGAGUUGCGUGAUAGAAACAAGAUAUAUCUCUUCUCAAGAGAGGAUUAAUUAUUUUUGUUUAUUUUAUAUAUAUAUAUAUCAUUCCAGCAGCAAAACAAAACACAAUAUAUAUUAUGUAUGUAUGUAACGCAACAGCUGUUUGUAUAUGUAUUUCCAGCAUCAAUCAUUUUUUUCAUAGGCAAUUGCGCAUUCCUAUUCAAUCAUGUUGCCAAAAUUAAGAAGAAAAAACAAUCACAUCAUCAAUUUAUUAACAAUAAUUUUCUGUUGCAAAUUAAAUGGAAUAAAAUGUUUUUGUUUCUAUUUUUUAAUUAAUUUUUUUUUUUUUUUUUGAAUACAAGAAAAAAAGAAAAACUGAUAUUUUCUAAUUGUUAAACAAUAAUAAUUAUUAUGCUGUUUUUAAUGUAUUUUUUACCUAAAUUAUUAUUAUUUUUUUUUUUUUUUGUCGAAAUGUGUC